UUAUGUGGGUCAAAAUAGGCGUUUCACCAAAACCAGACAGGAAUUUCAGGAUUCCAUCCCACUUUUGUCUGGACUGUCCUUAGGAAACUUAGUUAAAGGGGGAGCCGUCAACAGAAUUCGUACGUGGUACCUUAAGUUUAAAAAGACAACUGUUACUAGACAGCACCAGAUACAGAGGACAAUGACAAGUUUUUUUCCGACGAUGAGAAUGAAGACAGUUCUUCAUGAAGGAGUUGACGACAUGUAUAAUAUCCAUUGUCAUGCUGGCAAUCUAUGUCGGACAGCAAUCAUGGAAAGUUUAGAAGAAGUGCUCACUUUAAGAUCAGCAAAGGAUACAAAACAACCAAUAAGCAUUGCGGAUUUUGGAACUGCAGAUGGCCUUGCUUCUCUUUCUCUCAUGAAUGAAAUGAUAGAUGAAAUAAAAGGACGUCUGGGGGAGAAGCAAGCCAUUGUUGUGUACUAUAACGAUCAACCAAUGAACGACUUCAAUCGGCUUAGCAAUGUUAUCCAUGGCGGUGGGCAGAAUUCUGGAUUAACUCUCAGAAGUAACGUGUAUCCAGCAAUCAUUCCAAGGUCUAUGUACAACGUUUGCCUUCCUGAUAAUUCUCUGGACGUGGCUUUUUCCAGUGUAGCAACCCAUUAUCUCUCAAAGCAGGUUUGUCAAAUCCAAAAUGGCGUAUGCUUCAGUGAUGCAGACAAAACAGAACAAUUCCUGAUACAAGAACAAGCCAAAGACGAUUGGAGGACAUUUGUGAUUUCAAGAGGACGGGAGAUUAAACCGGGAGGUUUCAUCAUAACAAUGAACAUCUCGUCAGAUGAGAAAGGCGAUGAGGCGAUGAUAGUGGACAAGGGAACCACGUGUAUCGGGAGUUUCGUGACUGAUAUGGCUAGGAAUGGCGUUAUCACACAAGAGGAAUAUCGGGCUACAAACUUCAACAGUUACUAUCUGAGAAAAGCAGCGGAUUUCGUAGAGCCGUUUAUCAGUGAUAUACCUGAAAUAAGGGAACUUGGAUUAGAACUGGUAUCGAUCAAGUCAAUGAAACACUAUUUACGACACCCUACUUUUGAUAUAGUGAACAAAGAUAAUACAGAUAAAAUGGAAUAUUCCCAGAGAAUAGUUUCGUCAACCUACCCCUGGAUGUAUCAUGUGGUACAUGAUGGAUUAUCUAACUCGCGGACCGAGGAGGAGAAACGAGUCAUUAUAGACCAAUACUUCAACAGAUUAAGGGACUAUGUGUAUGUUCAUUCUGAUCACAAACCGUAUCUGAUCUUCACAGAAGUUGUCAUAAAGAAACGGAAAACGGUAUGAUCAAGGGCCAGUUGAUAUAUAACCAGUAGUGUGGAUAUUGUAAUGACAAGAUCAGGAUAAACAAAUUAACUUGACUCAACUUAAACUUUCAUCAAUGUGUUUAUUCCAAGCUUCACAACUGCAUUAGGAUCACUUAUUAGCCAGCACAUUUCCACAGUUACAGCCCCUUUUACAGUUAAGAUACAAGCGUUUACAGACAAAUUUGGUAUAUACUUCUUUACAAUUGAUUAGCUAGAGACAUAAAUGAAACAUUUAAAAGUCAAAGAGCUUUCACUGAAGGGUCCCGAGUGGUCUGGACGACGGACAAGUCUCAGAAUCAAUGGUUUUUAUUAUGUGAUUCCGAAUGAUCACAUUUUAUACUCUACAACUGUGAUUUAUGUAUUAAUCUACUAACAAAUUUUAGAUGUUUGUUUUAAAGAAAUUGAUAAUUUUAAUAUGAUCAUUUACUCCAUGACAUGCAUAUA